AUGGCCUACAUCGAACUCAUCCUCAUCCUCCUCAGCGUCCUACUAGCAGUAGCCUUCCUCACCGUAGCAGAGCGGAAGACCCUCGGGUACAUGCAACGACGUGUAGGACCCAAUGCAGUAGGGUACUACGGCCUCCUCAUGGCCAUAGCAGACGCAGCCAAGCUGCUGCUCAAGGAGAUCGUCAUCCCUACUCAUGCUGACAGACUCAUUCUGUUCCUCUCACCCAUGAUCUCACUAGUCUCUGCACUACUGUGCUGAGCCAUCAUCCCCUUCGCACCAGGGGUGGCAGUACUGGACCACAGCUAUGGCUUCAUCCUAGCACUGACCAUCAGCAGUGUAGGAGUCUUCGGAACCCUACUAGCAGGUUGAUCAGCCAACAGCAAGUACUCCCUACUGGGAUCGAUACGGUCAACGGCUCAGCUCAUCAGCUACGAGCUCAUCCUCACCACCAUUGUACUGUUGUGCAUCUUCAUAGCCAACACCGCCAACCUGUCAAGGUACGUGGAGCUACAAGAGUCGAUCUGAGUGGGGGUACCGCUCCUACCGGUGAGCAUCAUCUUCUUCAUCGCCUGUGUAGCAGAGUGUGCCCGUCCACCGUUUGACAACGUAGAGGCGGAGUCAGAGCUAGUCAGUGGUCACAUGACGGAGUACUCCAGCAGCAUCUUCGUCCUGUUCUUCCUCGCUGAGUACGCUUCGAUCCUGUUCCUCUCGACGCUCACAGCGGUACUGUUCCUAGGUGGAGGUACUGGGGUGGUGCUAGGGCUGAAGGCCAACCUGUUCGCCUUCACCUACAUCUGAGUCAGAGCAACACUCCCACGGGUACGGUUCGACAAGCUGAUCAACCUGUGUUGAAUGGUCUUCCUACCGGUCCUGUUCGGGACGUGCAUCUUUUUGCCCUCUAUGAUCUACCUCCUCGACUCUCAAGCGCUCUAG